UCCACCUAUAUAAAGAGAAUGUCCCUCCCCGUCAAUCUCAUAUCUUCCAUUUUGAUUAAUAAUACCAAAAAUAUAUGAUUUUUCUGGGCUUGAUGAACAUUGUUGCUUUGACCCUUUGUAUCAUAGUUUUAGCAACUUGUAAUCAUCAAGCCCAUGCUUCGAGUCAUGUUUUUUUGGGUAAGAAAAACGAUAAAUCUUCGGUAGAAGGUUUAUGUGCUUCUGCGGUCACUAUCCAUGGCUACAAAUGUGAAGAACAUGAAGUUAUAACCAAAGAUGGAUACAUUCUUAGCAUUCAAAGGAUUCCAGAAGGUCGAUCUGAGGUUAAGAGCAAUGUGACUAAGAAGAAGGAGCCAGUGAUAGUACAACAUGGAGUUGCAGUGGAUGGAGCAACAUGGUUUUUGAACAGUCCAAAGCAAAACCUGCCUAUGAUUCUUGCUGAUAAUGGCUUUGAUGUAUGGAUUCCUAACACCAGAGGAACCAAAUUUAGCCGCAAACAUACUUCCCUAGACUCCUCUAGCAAGAAAUAUUGGGAAUGGUCUUGGGAUGAAUUGGUUACUUAUGAAACGCCUGCUAUUUUUGAUUUUGUCUCCAAGCAAACAGGAGGACAGAAGAUACAUUAUGUUGGCCAUUCUAUGGGGACUUUGACAGCUUUGGCAUCCUUGGCAGAGGGUAAAUGGGUAAAUCAGGUUAAAUCGGUAGCAUUGCUGAGUCCUAUUGCAUAUUUAAGCCAAAUGAGAACUAUACUUGGACAAGUUGCUGCAAGAUCCUUACUAUCUGAGGGCUAUACUCUUUUGGGAAUUUCUGAAUUUGAUGUCAAAGCAACACCUAUUGUUGACUUCAUCAAGGGUAUUUGUGCUCAACCUGGAUUAAACUGCAAUGACUUGUUUACUGCACUAACAGGUGAAAAUUGUUGCUUAGACCCUUCAGCUUUUAAUCAAUUUGUGAAGGUUGAACCACAACCAACAUCAGUAAGGAACAUGUUUCAUUUAGCCCAGAAUGUUCGAAACGGUGUCUUAACGAAAUUUGACUUUAUGUUGCCACACUUAAACUUCUGGCAUUAUCGUCGACUAACACCUCCAAUCUACAACCUCUCAAACAUUCCUAAAAAUGUUCCAAUUUUCAUGAGCUAUGGCGGUAGUGACGCGCUUUCCGAUGUUGCUGAUGUUAAGAGAUUACUUAAUGAACACUUUCAGAACCAUGAUGCAAACAAGCUUAGUGUUCAAUUCAUUGAAAACUAUGCUCAUGCUGACUACAUGUUUGGUGUGAAUGCCAAUGACUUGGUGUACAAUAAUGUUACAUCGUUUUUUAAACGUAAAUGGUGA